UAACCGUUGUGAAUACUCUUCAAUCUUCCCUUAGCACAAUAACACGUUUUUACUUUUAAAAGCAUAUUAUUUGUUAAUGCAAUGAUUUCUUCAAAGAGGAAACUUGAUGCAGUGAACAAAAAUAAUGACAUACUUAAUAGCGGCGUGGACCUGUUUGUAAAUGAGCCACCUGAUGAGGAAGAUGUAUCAGAUCAAGAUGAAGACUCCAGUUCUUCUGACGAUGACAAUGUAAAUGAUGAUGGAGAUUCAGACUCAAGCCAGUACUCUGGGUUGGAAGAGGAGGUGGCAUCGUCUUCCUUGGAUGACAGUUCUGACGAGGAAGAACAGGGGAGUGAUAGUGAUGAUGAUGAUGAUGAUGGCGAGGACUUAAUGCUGAGUGAUUCAGUUGACAAUAUUGCUAUAGGUACUAAUGCAAAAGAACCAGCUGUUGUGGACGAAUAUGAACAGGAUUCUUCAGAUGAAGAGGACAUUCGCAACACAGUAGGCAACAUCCCAAUGGAGUGGUACAAGAACUACAAACACAUCGGCUAUGACAUAGAGGGGAGGAAACUCAUCAAACCCGAGCAUGGAGACAAUCUUGAUGACUUCCUAAACAAGGCAGAUGAUCCUAACUACUGGCGUACAGUGCACAACAGGCUGACAGGACAGAACAUUGUGCUGAGUGAGGAGGAUGUACAGCUGGUACAGAACCUGCUGGGUAAGACCCACCCCACCCAGUCCACCGAGGAACAGUAUGCGCCGUGGGUGGACUGGUUCUCCAGCGAGGUGAUGAUCCACCCACUGUCCAACCGACCUGAACACAAGAGGAGCUUCAUUCCCUCCAAGUGGGAGAAGCUUAAGGUGGGUCAGAUGGUUCACGCACUGAAGAUGGGAUGGAUGAAGCCAUCGAAGACACAGGAAGAGCAGGAGAAAGAAGAAGAGGAGCAGGAUGACAAGUUCUACAUGAUCUGGAACGAGGAUGAGGAAACAGAGAUCAGCAAACGGUACCGGCAGCACAUACCUGCCCCCAAGACUAGUCUACCUGGCCACGCUGAGAGCUACAAUCCUCCACCGGAGUAUCUCUUCACAAAGGAGGAGGAGCAAAAAUGGCGAGACCAGGAGCCGGAACAGCGAAGGAUGAACUUCAUGCCUCAGAAGUUUAGCAACCUGCGUACUGUGCCGGGCUACAGCAACUUCAUUCGCGAAAGAUUUGAACGCUGUCUUGACCUGUACCUGUGUCCACGACAGAGAAAGACAAGGAUGAAUGUGGACCCAGAGGAUUUGAUACCAAGGCUGCCCAAACCUAAAGAUUUACAGCCAUUCCCCACCACUCAGUCUCUGGUCUACUUGGGCCACACAGACAUGGUCCGCUGCAUCUCUGUGGACCCGUCCGGUCAGUGGCUGGUCAGUGGGUCAGAUGACUGCUCUGUCCGUGUGUGGGAAGUGUCCACUGGGCGCUGCAUGAAGACACUCACAGUGAAGGAGAAGGUCAAGGGCAUUGCAUGGAACCCCAACCCAGCUGUGUGCCUGUUAGCAAUAGUGUGGGAGAAAACAGUGGUGUUGUUGAACCCUGGUGUGGGGGACAAACUUCAGCUCUCCAACACAGAUAACAUGCUGGCUUCACAGACACAGGCCGAGUCUUCUGCAGAUUCCAAGGUUGCUGUGUCGUGGAGUGUAUGUGAGGGCAGUGAACACGACCAGGGGUACCGACUGAAGCUGACACAUGCACAUGAUGUAUCCCAGUUCACGUGGCACUCAAAGGGUGACUACUUUGCCACGGUCAUGCCCGACGGUCAGACGAGGUCUGUUCUGAUUCACCAGCUGUCACGACGCAGGUCACAGAACCCGUUCUCCAAGUCCAAAGGAAGCGUGCAGUGUGUGCGCUUCCAUCCGCUAAGACCUUUCUUGUUUGUGGCAACCCAGCGCUAUGUGAGGGUCUACAACCUCUUAAAGCAGGAACUCAGUAAGAAGUUGCAGGCAAACUGUAAAUGGGUGUCCAGUAUGGCGGUGCAUGCAGAAGGAGACAACGUGAUACUGGGCAGCUAUGACAGCAAGAUGAGCUGGUUUGACCUGGACCUGUCUACAAAACCAUAUCAAACCAUGAAGCACCACAAGAAGGCCAUCCGACAAGUGUGUUACCACAAGAAGUACCCUCUCUUUGCCUCAGCCAGUGAUGACUGCUCUCUCAUCGUCUGCCACGGACGAGUUUACAAUGACAUGCUGCAGAACCCUCUGAUUGUUCCUGUCAAGGUCCUGAGGGGCCACAAGGCGGAGAAAGGGGUGGGCAUCCUAGACUGCGUCUUCCACCCUUCACAGCCCUGGAUAUUCUCCGCAGGGGCUGACACCACUAUACGACUUUACACUUGAUGAUGGGGUCUAUGUUGCAGGGACUGAUGCCACUAUUCGACUUUAUACUUGAUGAUGGUCUCUAUGUUGCAGGGGAUGACGCCAUUAUACAACUGUACACUUGAUAGUCUCUUUGCAGGGGCUGAUGCCACUAUAUGACUUUACACUUGAAAAUGGUUUCUUUGUUGCAAUUGAAACAGUCUUAGAUAGUAGUUAUUUGUUGACAUUACGUUGUUAUUGCUUCUACUCUGUUGACAUUACGUUGUUAUGGCUUCUACUCUGUUGACAUUACGUUGUGAUGGCCUCUACUGUGUUGACAUUACGUUGUGAUGGCCUCUACUCUGUUGACAUUACGUUGUUAUGGCUUCUACUCUGUUGACAUUACCUUGUUAUGGCUUCUGCUCUGUAUGACUUGCCGGUAUUAUCCUGACACAGACCUGUCAGUGUGUUUGGAUCAAUAUGAGCCGCGCUCUGUGAAAAGGGGGUUUAAUGAAUGUGUGCAAAUUGUCGCCCCUGAUCAGACUGUGCAGUCCACACAGGCUUAUCAUGGACGACACUUUCCGCCUAAACUGGAUUUUUGCUAAGAAUAGUCAAUCUGUAAACAAAAAAUAUAAAAGCGAAAAGUGUUGUCCUUGAUUAGCCUGUGUGGACACUUUAACGCACAUUCAUUAAACCCCCUUUCACAGAGCACAGCCCAAUAUGUAUUCAUAAACAGUUAUGAUCAAUGCAUUAUUUUCCAUACAUAUUGACAUAAAUUAAUUAAAGCUUAUGGCUCUGAAUGUACUGAUAUAGCAUCAACUUGUUAAAUACAUGUUCAAGUGAAAUGAAGUGCAAAUAUAGAACACACUUUAAUCGCUUAUUUACGGUAACUUAAGUAGAGCAUUUGGUAAAUUUUGGCAAUAUUCACUUGUUGAAUUAUGCUGACACAACGUUGAUAUGAUAAUUCAAUUACUUCAUUCUGUUUGUUGGUUAAAUAGUUUUUACAAGAUAGACAAUUAUACACUUAUAGUUACUAGGAAGAAAAAUGCACCUGGUUGUUACAAUUCGAGAUUUUAGUCAUGAAUAAUAAUGGUUAGCAAACCUUUAUAUGUGCUUUAUGUGUGUGUCACUAUGAAUACUCAAUCUUUGAAAUGUAACACAUUUUCAGCUUUAAAGGAGUUUUGCAAUGAACAGAAGUCGUUCAUUGUUCAUAUGUAAAGUAAAGAUAUCAAUGUAUAAAAAAAGUAUCCAAUAAAUGUGAAGUGAAA